GACGGCCGCGCGGGGCAUGACGGGAAGAGCGGUGGGCGCCGCUGGGCCAAUAGGAGAGCGGCAGCAGCGGCUGGAGCCUGCUGCGUCCCUUCCUGCUCCCCGGUGCCCCCCCGCCCCGCGCGUCGGGGCGGCCUCGCUCGCGGAAUUAUGGAUCCAAGCCUGCUAAGGGAACGAGAGCUAUUCAAAAAACGAGCGCUCUCCACUCCUGCUGUAGAAAAGCGUACGGCACCCUCGUCUGAGUCAACAUCUUCCAAAAAGAAAAAAGCAAAACUAGAGCAGGGUGGAUCAUCAGGCUCAAAACAAAACGCAGACCACAGCAAUGGGUCAUUUAACUUGAAAGCCCUUUCAGGAGGCUCUGGCUAUAAGUUUGGAGUCCUUGCUAAGAUAGUGAAUUAUAUGAAGACGCGGCACCAGCGUGGUGAUACACAUCCAUUAACUCUAGAAGAAAUUUUGGAUGAAACGCAACACUUAGAUAUUGGACUCAGGCAGAAACAAUGGUUAAUGAGUGAGGCUCUAGUCAGCAAUCCCAAAAUAGAAGUUAUAGAUGGGAAAUAUGCUUUCAAACCUAAGUACAAUUUGAAAGAUAAAAAGGCGCUGCUCAGGCUCUUGGACAAGCAUGACCAGCGGGGACUGGGAGGAAUCCUUCUGGAAGAUAUUGAGGAAGGACUGCCCAAUGCACAGAAAGCCAUAAAGGCUUUAGGGGACCAGAUCACCUUUAUUACUCGUCCUGAUAAGAAAAAAAUCCUUUUCUACAACGACAAGAGCUGUCAGUUUACAGUAGAUGAAGAAUUUCAGAAGCUGUGGAGGAGCAUUCCUGUGGAUUCUAUGGAUGAGGAGAAAAUAGAAGAGUAUCUGAAACGACAGGGUAUUUCUUCCAUGCAGGAAGCUGGACCAAAGAAAAUAGCUCCUAUUCAGAGGAGGAAGAAACCUGCUUCUCAGAAGAAACGGCGGUUUAAGACUCACAAUGACCAUUUGGCUGGAGUACUGAAGGAUUACUCAGAUGUUGUUCCUGGCAAGCCGUGAAGUUUGGUUCUGGAACAAACAUGCUUUUUUAUACAGGCUCUUCGUCGCUGGAGUUCAAUGUUUGCUUGAACACCGACUGUAUAUAGUAAUGUGGUGUGUCCCCAUCCCUGCAACCGUCAAGUUGAAACAGUUCUGUUUAAGAGCAAGUACAAAUUACCAAAUGUAGAGUUUUAUUUUAAUUUAAUUAGCUAACAGGAACUGUGACUUUGUAAGAGGUCUGGAAGGACAGCCUCUUGCCACUAGGCAAAGAUGCAGAGCAUGUUAACCUAGAGCUCCUGGUAAAUGCUUCACUGUGCUUCUCAAUGAUUUAAAGGGGAUUUUUCUCGUAUUGCUUUAGAGUGGGUUUGCAGGUAGAGGUGAAUACAAUAUUCAUUUUAUUUGUUCCAAGAGAACAUACAUCAUUGCAGAAGCAUUUCUUUAAAGAGGCAAGCGCAUUCACCGUUUGUAUAUUUCUUCUUUGCUUUGCCAUUGAGCUUUAAUGAAAGUUGAUGUUGUCUGAGGCUUUGGCAUGGAAAUACACCACCAGAAUUCCCACCAGGCUGCGUGCUGGAAAUGGGGCUGCAACCUCACAAUGCUAAUCAGAAAUUGCCCUCGGGAUACUGCUGAUGACGUUGUGGUGGAGGCACAUGCAUUGCACAAUUCUGUGUUAUGGGCUAAAAGGGUCAGACAAGAAAUAAAAUGACAAUGUAUUACUAAAAGGGACAGGUGUUUUUUAAAAAAUAAAGCCUAUAAAACUGG